AUGGAAUCUGCUGGGCUGAUGGCUGGGUUUCCCUGUCUUCCGAUUCGAGGCAUCUGCGACUACUCCGACUCACACAAAAACAAGCAAUGGCAAGGAUACGCUGCUGCUAUUGCUGCUGUCUUUGCACUGAGCCUGAUCCUCACAGCUCCGUACGAAGACUCGCAGGCUACGGGCAAUGAUAUUAAUACUGAGGCUUUGCGCCAACACAUUGAUCUUGUUGUCCAGACUGUCAUGUGA